ACAUGAAAAUUUAAUUGUAAACUUUUUCUUAGUGCCCACAUUGUCCAAAAACAUUUGUACGUGCUAUAUUCGUAAAUGCUCACAUAGCACGCAAACACUCAUACAUAUCAGAGAUAGGUGUAUCUACUUCUCCUAUACAUGAUCAUUAUCGAACAGAAACAGAGAAAUUGCAUAACGAAAUAAAGACAUUAAAGGAAAGAUUGAAUCAAACAGAAAGAGUGAUAAGAAAUGAGUCUGACAAACUGGAUACAGAAAAGAAUUAUAUAAAAAACAUAAGUAAGAAUGAAUAUGAUAUUGGCAAAGUAAAUAAAGGAUAUCAGGAUGAUAUUGAAAACUUGAAAAGCAUGUUGUUUGAUGAAAUACGGGCAUUAAGAGAAAAAGAUCACGUUGUAAAUGAGAGUAUUUUAGAGAUGAAUGUGAAAACUUUAAUCAGUCAGCAGGAGAAAGAGAUUGAGAAUUUGAGAAAUCAACUCCUUGAAAGAUUGACUCCAGGUAUGGAAAACAUGCAAGUAAAAUUGCAAGCGCAAGAAAAUCAUUGGAAAAGUAAAAUAGAAGAUAUGGAAACUCAACAUCGUCAAGAUAUUGAGAGAUUGACCACAGAAUUGAAAGCGACACAACAAGUAGCUGAUCGCAUAAAAUCUGAAUAUACAUUUAAAGUGUACGAUUUAGAAAAACAAUCUAUGGAUCAGUCUAAUAUGUUAGUGGAGCAAAGAGAACAGUUAAAUAGUUUGUCACGUAAGAUCAAUAAUUCACAGGCACAAAUUAGUAGUCAUAAAAUUAAGGAAAAAAAUAUAGUAGAAGAAAAAUACGAAGAAUUUCAUGAAUCUCCUUUGCAAACAAUAAAACAUGAUAGUAAUUAUAAUGAGAACAAAACUUACAAAAGUUUAAAUCAUAUUAAAAAUACUGAGGUGGUUAUUGAAGAUAUCGAUAGUGAAUCUAGUCAAGAAUACAAUAAGAAAGUGUCAGCCUUGGCACAAAGUCAUGUAUCUAGUAAAAAUAAUACUGUAAAAUGCAAGGGUAAUAAGAAAAUUAUUAUUGAUGAUAGCAAAACCGUAAAACAUAUGGUUACAAAACCUAAUCUGAAAAAAUUGGAUAAAUCAGAAGUUGUUAAGAAAACGAAAAAAAAUGUGAGGCAUGAUGCAUUGAAUGACAUAACUGAAAUAAAUCGUACAAGUAAAAGCUUUAAUAUCAAAGAAAACUUUUCUAAUAAUGUAAAUAAAAAGUACAUAGAUGCUAGAGAGAAGAAAGAAACGUUAAAUACCGAUAGUGUGAAAAACAAAUUUGAAUUUUUAGAAAGACAUAGUGUAAGUUCCACGACAGAAUCCGAAUCUUUAUCGUUUAUGGCAGAAUCCGAAACUGAUAGCGAGAGCGUUACAGCGGACGAUGGUUCAGUAAAAAAAUAUGAAUCGUCUACAGUUAAAUCUUCCAAUAUUAGAAGAAUAUCGAUGCAAGAAGAUGCACAAAGUAUAUUUAAUAACCGACUGAGAGAGUUAGGAAUUGAUCCAGAAUGGCAAGGAAUACCUAUGGUAACAUUUAGACAAAAGAUGGAGAUUAUAAAGCAUCAACAAAAUAUUAAUGCAAAGAAAAUAGUUCGAUAUAAUCAAAUCAAACAAAAAAUACUUGAAGAUGUUCGUCAAAGAAUAUCGGCAAAUUAUAAGAGAUCAAAAUAUUCCACACUUACAAAAAAUUCUCCAUUGAAUAAACUAAUUACACAAAAAGUGAAAUCAAAAUCUUGGAAAGCAUUUAACAAAGACAAUGGCGAAUAUACAUCUAUUCAGAAAACAGAGAAUACAACACCAUUAAAAUCACGUCUGAAACGAAAGAUUGAACUCCUACCUAAAAAAUAUAAAGAUGAGCAGAAUACGCGUGAAUUGCCGUUGAAAAAAAAUGGAAGAGAUAUUUAUACCAGUCCAAAAAUGAUUUCGACAUCUCCCCAGUCAAUUCAGAAUAUUUCCUCUACAAGUUCCAUUGAAUCCCGAGAUGAUGUGAAACAGAUUUCGCCUACAAAGAUAACUGUAUUAGAUAUUAAAACACGUAAAGUAAGUUCUCCGAUCAGCAAAAAACAGGUGGCAGUAUCAAAAUUUUCUGAAAACGACAACUCGGAUAGUACGAUUAUCCAAGACGAUUUAGUUUUUUCUCCGAAGAACAAUAAAAGUGUUUUGAAACCGACAAGUGGUUCAGUUGGUAGUUUGGUAAAGAAAAAAGUCUUAUUUGAUUUAGACGAUAAAAAGAAUGAUGCAACGAUGUCGGAAAAUAAUCAAAGAAAGAAUCAAAUAAAUAAUGAUGAUUGGAUUGUCUCAAGUUUUACUGAGAGAAAAGAUUAUACGUUACAAAAAGAGAAGUCCAUGAGUACAGGCAACAUUGUUUUAAAAACUUCGCAAAGCGACAAAAUCGCAGAAAUAUCAAAAAAGAUACAAGAACAAUUGAGAGUAGCAAAGAAACCACCUGCAGGAUCGAUUGAAACAAUCUUUCGAUUCAAUACGAGCUCGCAGGAUCUUGUAAAUUAUAAUACCGGAAAUCAAUUUUUAAAUUCCACUAGUCGCAUGAGCUCAAUCUUGAACAGUCCUGUACAAAAUUUUACAAGUCCAAAGGCAAAAGAUAAUGUAUUUCCACAACCUGCUCCACGUACUAUGAAAGAUAGGAAUCUGAUUCAAAGUAAAAGUGAAAUGAAAUAUUCUGAUUUAGAUUCAGAUAUAAAUGAAAUAUUACAAAUGGAAUAAAGUGUAUUAUAUUAGGCAUCAAUUGUAUGCAUGUAUACAUGUUUGUGUAUACAAAAUGAUUUUAAAUUAUCUUAAGUUACGUACCUUUUGCUGUUGAUAUUGUAAAUUAAAUAAGUUUUAUGUAUAACUUAGUUAUAAGUUUUACAUUAGUUUUUGUAUGAUUAAUUAUGUAAUUACAUUUUUAUAUAAAAA